UGUUACUACAGUCAAUGAGACCGCUGAAAAAUCCUGUCAGUGCUAAAGCAAAGGGAAUUCUGUAAGUGGUAAUAUAAAUAUAAUAUAUAAAUAAUGCUCACAAAAAAAUAAUAUACAUUUCAGAAAUGCAUUGUUAAAGCUAAGAAGAAUUUGAUUAAUUAAACCUUUGUCUGUGGUUCAUAUAGUCGCCUCGUACUGCAAUAACUAUAUGGGCACAGUUUAACAUAUUUGUUCAGGCACUUUAGCCACCAGCUAACAUUAGCUGCUCCAGGGCUAGCGAGUCCGACUCUCCACACACGACCCUAGCGUUAGCAACGAGAGCAGCAUCCCGGACUGUUAAACGUUAACGUCAGCUACUGAGUAGCUACAGAAAAACUAAAAUCCACACAGGUGCAGGUGUCGGAGUGUCCUGUGGUGAAGACAAAUCCGCGAUGUUGAACCCGACCAAUGGUGACCCAGGCCACGUUGUUGUGAAUUAUGUUGAGGAGUAUUUGGACCUGGUGGAAUCACUACCCUUUGACCUGCAGAGAAGUGUGUCUCUCAUGAAGGAAAUUGAUGCCAAGUAUCAAGAUGUUCUGAAGGAGCUUGAUGAUGCUUAUGAACGAUAUCGCCGGGAAUCUGAUUCACUUCAGAGGCGCAAACUUCAGUUAUCGAUUCAGAGGGCACUGAUCCGCAGUCAAGAGCUCGGAGAUGAAAAGAUCCAGAUUGCUGGUCAAAUGGUGGAGUUGGUUGAAAACCGAACACGACAAAUAGACUGGCAUUCUGAAGUUCUCCUUUCCUCUCAAGAAGUCCCAGAGAGCCACGUUCCCACAGCAACAUCCAUGACAACCACUGCAACAUCCUUGAUGUCCUCAUCAUCAGCCACCAUCACUCCAGGCAAACCUGGCCACCAUGAUAAGAAGCGUGAUGAGGUUACCCCAGGCUCAGGUGGCACAGACAAGGCUGGUGGGAAACGCUCAAGACGUCAGAAAAAUGGGGAAAGUCGGGAAAGUUACGGGGGUCUGGAUCACGCCGAGGAAGUGGGAGUGGGGGCAUCCCGGGAAAAACGUGCCAAAACAUCUUCUAAGAAGAAGAAACGGUCAAAAGGAAAGUCUGAGAGAGAAGUGUCACCUCCAGACCUGCCCAUUGAUCCAGAUGAGCCAACAUACUGCCUGUGUGAGCAGGUGUCCUAUGGCGAGAUGAUUGGCUGCGAUAACGAUGAAUGUCCCAUUGAGUGGUUUCAUUUCUCCUGUGUUGGGCUCCAUCAUAAGCCCAAGGGAAAGUGGUACUGCCCCAAAUGUAGAGGUGAGAAUGAGAAGACCAUGGACAAGGCCUUAGAAAGGGCCAAGAAGGAGAGGGCAUACAACAGGUAGCUUGCUCUGCCUGGCCCAAUGAACACUACUGCAUAAAGAUUUUAUGUCUCCGUUUCCAUUUACUGUUAACACUGUUUAAAACAGUAAUGAAUUGACAAGAGGGAUCUUGUACAUAGUUAUUUUUGUAAUUGCUGCAUAGCUGAGAAACAAAAUUGCUCCAUCUCAGUUGGGAUUAUUUGUAAAGAAUUGACACAGUACAGUACAAUACAACCUGCAUGUUUGUAACCAGC